AUGGCUGAUGUCUCACUGGUGCAGAAGCCCCAAGCCCAAAUGGCAACCUUCAAAGAGUUGUGGAUGGCAAUCGUCGGUACUGUGAUGGCUCUCUUGACCAUCAUUGGCCUGGUCUUACUGAUCGUACUAAUCCUGCACCAAUACUAUUUCUUCUGUGAAAUCCCCUACAAAUUCAUCGCAAAAUCGAAGGUGUGUGAUCAACAUGAGGAUUGUGCCUUGGGGCAGGAUGAGCAGCAUUGCGUCAAGAGCACCCCAGAUGAAGACUUGCCCCUGGUAGGAGUCCGUCUCUCCAAGGACAGAUCCACUCUACAGGUGAUAGACAGAGAGACAGAUCUCUGGUCCUCAGCCUGUUUCGACAACUUCACAGAAGCAUGGGCUAAAAUAGCCUGUACCCAGAUGGGCUAUAACAGUUUGAGCAUGGAGCCCACUUUCCAAGCCGUGAAGAUUGGCCCAGAGCAGCAGCUGCCCGUCAGCAAGAUCACAGCCAAAGACCAGGAGCUCCAAGUGCAGAAUUUCUCAGGGCCCUGCCUCUCGAUGUCACUGGUUUCCCUUCACUGUGCUGUCUGUGGAGAGAACCUGCUGAGCCCCCGGGUGGUGGGCGGGCAGGAGGGGUCUGUGAAGACUUGGCCCUGGCAGGUCAGCAUUCUGCACCACAGGACUCAUUUCUGCGGCGGCUCCAUCCUGGAUCACUACUGGAUCCUCACUGCUUCCCACUGCUUCCGGACCUAUCCUGAGGUGACCCACUGGAAAGUAAAGGUGGGCACCGACCAUCUAUACACCAGAGACCCAUACUUGGACCUAGACGAGAUCUUUGUCUUCCAGUUCAACAAAUUAUACCCCAAAGAAAAUGAUGUGGCCCUGAUCAAGCUGAAAAAGCCCCUUGUUAUGUCAGACAGAGUCAGGCCCAUCUGUCUGCCGUUCUUUGAUGAGGAGCUGGCUCCAGGCACCUCGCUCUGGGUUAUAGGCUGGGGUUCCAUAAAAGAGUCAGAAGAGAAGCUUUCAAGAACUCUGCAACAGGCCGAAGUCCAACUCAUCGAUAGAAAUCAAUGCAACGACAAGAGCGCAUAUUUCGGGAGUGUCACCGAGAACAUGCUUUGUGCUGGUAUCCCCGGAGGCAACAUCGAUUCGUGCCAGGGUGACAGUGGUGGGCCCUUGAUGUACUUGAAGGAAAGGUGGCAGAUAGUGGGCAUCGUGAGCUGGGGUUAUGGAUGUGGGGAGCAGAACAUUCCUGGUGUGUACACCCGUGUCAGUUUCUUUCUCAACUGGAUCUAUAACAUGCGGAAGGAAGAUACGGAGCCCCAAGAGAUCCUGUCAGUGAUAAGUGAGUUUAAGUUCUGGACAUUCGAGUAUGACCUGGCAAAGUAG